AAGAAAAUCCUUAAACCCUGCACUGCCUUCUUCUCAAGCUAUGCAUACAUAUGUACAAUUGUACACAUAUUAUGUCAACUACCAUUGCCAUCGCUCUUGAUUCAAGUCCACCAUUUUUGUUGAAACCACACUCUUCCACUUCAACAACUCCAUGACUUCGCUUUCAUUCACUCCAAAGCUUUCUCUGUAUCCGAGAAGCUCUCCUUUCAUCUUCCAAUGCCCAAAUGGACCCAAAAGAAUCUCUUUCCCAAAGAAAAUGAAGCUUGUGUGCUCAGCCUCAGAGCAUCAAGAAGAGAGACGACAACGUACGAGGAGGAACAAGAAAACUGAUUCUGAUGCCGCUAAGGGAAUUGACCCAGUUGGGUUCCUCACCAAGCACAGCAUUUCCCAUAAACAGUUUUCUCAAUUCCUCCGAGAAAGACACAAAGCGUUGAAAGACCUCAAAGAUGAAAUCUUAAAGCGUCAUGUUAAUUUCAGAGAUAUGUUUUCUGGGUUUGAAAUAUUGGGUAUCCAUCGCCACCCGGAGCGUCGAGUGGAUUAUAUGGAUUGGGCUCCAGGAGCUCGUUACUGUGCGCUGAUCGGUGACUUCAAUGAGUGGUCACCAACAGAAAAUUGUGCAAGAGAGGGUCAUCUCGGGCAUGAUGAUUAUGGAUACUGGUUCAUCGUUGUGGAAGAUAAAUUACGAGAGGGAGAAAAACCAGAUGAACUGUAUUUCCAGAUGUAUAACUAUGUAGAUGACUAUGAUAAAGGUGAUAGUGGUGUUACAAUAGAAGAACUAUUUAAGAAAGCAAAUGAUGAGUAUUGGGAACCUGGCGAGGAUCGGUUUGUAAACCACCGUUUUGAGGUACCAGCAAAGUUAUAUGAGCAAAUUUUUGGUCCUAAUGGACCUCAAACCUUAGAAGAAUUAGGAGAAAUACCCGAUGCAGAGACAAGAUAUAAAGCAUGGAAAGAAGAGCAUAAGGAUGAUCCACCAAGUAACUUACCUUCUUAUGAUGUAAUUGACAAAGGGAAGGAAUAUGAUAUUUUAAAUGUCGUGGGUGAUCCUGAAUCGCAUGAGAGAUUUAAAGCAAAGGAGCCUCCUCUGGCAUACUGGUUUGAGACACGUAAAGGAAGGAAAGCUUGGUUGAAAAAGUAUGCUCCCAGUAUACCUCAUGGAAGCAAAUACAGGGUCUAUUUCAACACUCCUAAUGGGCCAUUGGAAAGAGUUCCUGCUUGGGCUACUUAUGUUCAACCAGAGGCGGAAGGAAAACAAGCUUAUGCAAUACACUGGGAACCACCGCCAGAAGAUGUAUACAAGUGGAGAAACACACGACCAAAAAAACCAAAGUCGUUGCGUAUAUAUGAAUGUCAUGUUGGGAUAAGUGGAUCAGAGCCAAAAAUAUCUUCUUUCAGUGAUUUUAGAGAGAAGGUCCUUCCUCAUGUAAAGGAAGCAGGCUACAACUCAAUCAAGUUGAUUGGAAUUAUUGAGCACAAAGAUUAUUUCAGUGUUGGCUAUCGAGUCACAAAUUUAUAUGCUGUUAGCAGCCGAUUUGGAACUCCUGAUGACUUCAAGCGGUUGGUUGAUGAAGCACAUGGACUUGGACUGCUGGUUUUCUUAGACAUUGUCCAUUCCUACUCGGCUGCAGAUGAGAUGGUUGGGCUGUCUCUCUUUGAUGGAUCAAAUGACUGCUAUUUUCAUACUGGCAAAAGAGGGCAUCACAAAUACUGGGGUACACGGAUGUUCAAAUAUGAAGACCUCGAUGUUCUACAUUACCUUCUCUCAAAUUUGAACUGGUGGGCUGUGGAGUAUCAAAUCGAUGGUUUCCAGUUCCAUUCACUUGCUUCAAUGAUGUAUACUCAUAAUGGUUUUGCUUCGUUUACCGGGGACUUGGAGGAGUACUGCAAUCAAUAUGUUGACAAGGAUGCUCUUUUAUAUCUCAUUUUGGCGAAUGAGAUUCUGCACAUUCUCCACCCGAAUAUAAUAACAAUUGCUGAAGAUGCAACCUAUUACCCUGGACUAUGUGAACCAACAUCUCAAGGUGGGUUAGGAUUUGAUUAUUAUGUCAAUCUUUCUGUGCCAGAAAUGUGGUCAUCUUUUCUUCAGAAUGUUCCUGAGCAUGAAUGGAGCAUGAGUAAGAUUGUCAGCACAUUAAUGGGUAAUGUACAAUGUGCCAAUAAGAUGCUUGUGUAUGCUGAAAAUCAUAACCAGUCGAUAUCUGGAGGGCAAUCGUUUGCAGAGAUAUUACUCAGUACAAUAACAAGUGAGUCUGGCGUUGCAAAAGAACCAUUGCAUAGAGGGUGUUCCUUACUUAAGAUGAUCAGACUGAUUACAUUUACAAUAGGUGGCCGUGCAUACCUUAAUUUCAUGGGCAAUGAAUUUGGGCAUCCCGAGAGGAUCGAAUUCCCAAUGCCAAGCAACAAUUUCUCAUAUUCGCUAGCUAACCGUCAGUGGGAUCUUUUAGCCAAAGGAAUUCAUCACAACUUAUUUAUCUUCGAUAAGGCCUUGAUGGAGUUGGAUGAAAAAGAACGAGUACUAUCCAGAGCUUUACCUAGCAUUCACCAUGUGAAUGAUACUACCAUGGUAAUAGCUUACAUGAGAGGUCCACUUCUAUUCCUAUUUAACUUUCAUCCAUCAGAUUCAUAUGAAGGAUACAGAGUUGGUGUAGAAGAAGCUGGAGAAUAUCAACUUAUUCUAAAUACAGAUGAAAUAAAUUAUGGAGGUCAAGGACUUGUAAAGGACUACCAAUAUCUUAGGACAACUAUGAGCAAAAAGGUGGAUGGCCUCAGAAAUUGCUUGGAUGUGCCUCUGCCUAGUAGGACUGCACAGGUUUAUAAAUUAACUCGUAUUUUAAGAAUAUGAGCCAUGUUGGAGUCCAAGACUUGAUUUAACUCAGUACUCCAUGACCGAAAGCUAGAACCCGGAAUUCGUUUAAUUCCAGAGCAUUUGGCUUAAAUGGGUUUUGGGAAAAUGUAAUUAUCAAGAGGAGUCUACUAGUAGAGGUGCAGUUAACCAAUGUUCUCCAAGGUGAAAAUUGAAAAAGAUGGGUUUUGUUCUUCUACAUCAAGAGUUAGUCUCCUUCAGAUGGUUUGUAUUGGAGCUUUUUAGUUACACCACCACCAGAGGCUAGACACCAACAAUUCUUAGUAUACUUCAAUAUUAGGCUUGUUUGGCUCUUUUGUUAUUUAGGAAAAUAGGAUCACAAUAAUUUUGGAUAAACUAAGAGUGUUAUAUUUUGUUCUUAAAUCAUUCAAUGUAAAUCUCUGAAUUCCCCAACACCAUAUUCACUCACUUGAUCAAUCACUGAUUUUUAUUUUC